AUGGUCUUGGCCCAUUCAUUGCGCGACAAUGGGACCAAGGCGAAACUAGUGGCGCUUUUCACUCCGGAAAGACUGCAGCCUGCUACAGUCACUGAGCUACGGACCGUAUACGAUGAGCUCAUCCCGGUCAAUUCCAUCGUCAAUGGGACUCCUGCCAAUUUAUGGCUUAUGGAGCGCCCAGACCUUAUCGCCACAUUCACGAAGAUCGAGCUGUGGCGCCUGACCCAGUAUGAACGGAUCGUCUAUGUCGAUUGCGAUAUUGUGGCUCUGCGAGCGCCAGACGAGCUAUUCGCUUUGGAUGUGAAUUUUGCAGCAGCACCAGAUGUGGGCUGGCCAGAUAUCUUCAACAGUGGAUUGAUGGUUCUUCGACCGAAUCUGCAGGACUACUAUGGGCUGAAGGCGCUUGCAGAGCGCGGCAUUAGCUUUGAUGGGGCCGAUCAGGGAUUGCUGAAUAUGCAUUUCCGGGACUGGCAUCGGCUCAGCUUCACGUACAAUUGUACUCCUAGUGCUAACUACCAGUACAUCCCUGCAUACAAGCAUUUCCAGAGUUCCAUCAGUCUCAUUCACUUCAUUGGUUCGCAGAAGCCGUGGAAUUUGCCCAGGCAGGUUGUGCCGGUGGAAUCGCCUUACAAUCAAUUGUUGAGCAGGUGGUGGAGCGUCUAUGAUAGACAUUAUCGCCCAGUAGCCGUACCCGCUCCAAAAUUCUCGGAGAUCAUUCCGUCGCCUUACGAGACCAUUGUCCUGCAAAGGCCAUCUCCCCGGACUGUUCGAUUUGCCGAUCAAUCUGACUCGACGGGAAGUGAACAAUGGCCCAAGCCCUUUCACGUGCAUCAUCAAGAUCACGGCCAUCACGACGAAGAUGACGACCCCGCACGUUCGCAUCGCGAAGACCCAAACAGAGAAGAUUCUGGUUCUGAUGAGGAAAUACCACUUUUAGUUUCGGGCGGGGUUGGUCAUCAUGGCCCUAGCCCUGCACCUGUGCUGAGCGCUGUUCCUCAAUAUGUCCGCGGAGAAGAGCAUGUCUCUACCUUUGUGCCACUCCAAUAUGUCGCCCCAGAGCCCCCGACUCACCAAAGGUCGCACUAUCACCAAUCGCACGGUCAUUCAGAAACCCAUCUUCAUCAACCUCAGCCCUUGCCUCCACCACCACCGGUAGAGCAUUGGGAACGCUCUCGCUCGCCAGAUCCGCCGGCAUUCGAAGCUCCAAAAGCAGAAUGGGAUGCGUCUCGAGAACCACCGCCGCUGCAUUCUAAGCCUGAGGGUAUUAGUUUGGAUCAAAAGACCUACACAAUGUCGCAGGAUACAAACCUCUUUCAACCCCCAACUUCAUACCCCGAUGCCCCCAAAAACAUGUACUACAAGGUUCCCGAGAACAGACCAGAGCCUGAAAAGGCCACGAAGAUAUUCCCCUGGGAAACGCAUGCACCACAACCAACCCGCGUCUUCGCCGAGGAGCAACCUACUCCUGCCUUACCACCCGACUACACCACCAUUGUCCAGUCAGACGAGGUAGAAGAGCCUGUUCUCGAACCUCAAACACCUCCGACCCGGGCCCUGUUCGAACCGUCCGCAAAAUCAUGGGAAGACUACAGCCGCUCUAAUGCCUGGGAUGAAGAUCCCGAUAUCCAGCGCUACAUCGAAACUGUCCAACAAGCCCGUCGUGGCAAGACUCAAGUGGUAUCCGGGGCAGCCCAGCCCAGCUCUAGUGCUAGCAACAGCACAAGCGGCAGCUACUUUUCCUCCACUACAACAGGCAGCUCAACAGAAACCCACCGGCCCAGCACCAUUAUAACGGACUUCCCCACGGAAAUCGAGAGACCUGGUCUACCCGUCACCCCGGCCCCUAUCCGGCGUGACGUGGGACUUAGUAGUGACGACGAGAAUGAUGCGUCCACGGUCACCGGGCUUCCGCCUGCCGAAGGUGUCCCGAGCCAGGCGGACUGGGUGGGUGUCACGACUGAUGCGUUCUCUCAUCUGCUUCAGGCUACGUACUUAUUGUGGCGGUUUACAGAAUCCCCCUAA